AAAACUGAAAAGAAGAUGCGAACAAAACAAGAACCAGACAAAGAAAAUGGCCUGUCAACUCCGUGCAAUAGAGAGAGAAAAUUUAAAAAUUCGUAACGUAAAUAUAAUCUCUUUUUCUCCCUCUUUCAGUCUCUCUCUUUCGCUAUAAUCAGUUCCAAAAAGCCACCGACGAGAAAAAAUAUUUUAUGCAGUGCAGUAUUUGUGUUCAGAACCUAGCUAUGUUCUAAGUGGCCUUACCUGCUACCUUGAAAGGAAUUAUAAAGAGAAACAUUUGUCAACAAUUUCUGUCUCAUAGCAAAAGGGAAUGGUUUUUCAGUCCAGCGCUGAUGGAAGUCAGUACUGGAAAUUCCCGUUCCAAUGAGAAGCGACCUUUGGAGGGUCCCUCAUCUUCAAAUGAAGCGAAAAGGCCUACAGAAAAUAAUGAGUAUAACAUGGUUUAUAUAUGUAGCUGCAAUUUCUUGGCAUGAGAGCAGAAAAAAAUGGGUUGGAGAUCAAACUCAAAAUUCGCAAAGAAUGUCAAAGGAUCCAAUUAUAAGCUGGUCAAUGACCUACGAGGACCUGCUCUCUACUAAUGAGCCUUUUGCCGAGCCAAUUCCAUUACCUGAGAUGGUAGACUUUUUAGUUGAUAUCUGGCAUGAUGAAGGUCUUUAUGAUUAGAUAAUUAGUACAAUAAUUUCUUUUCCGGACACUUCGCCAUUUCAAGUAGCAAGAUGCAUACUAUACAAACCUUUAAACCCAAUAUUUCAGUUGACAUCCAAUUCUUUGGCUGAUGUUGUAUACUUUGGAAAAAGCCUUUGAAUUAAAGUUUAGUUCUCAAAGGAUAAGUGGUACCAGUAGUUGUAGAAUUAAAGGAUCAACACCUAAACAUUAUUUUGGAACAGUAUGGCUAUAAGUUUUAGCAAAUUUUAUGUAUUUCUGUUUUUCUUGUCUUA